AUGGCUACGGGGGCGACCCAUCGGUGUGGUCGCCCAGCGCUCUUCGCCGAGCCGAGUCCGCCUCGCUCGGCCCGUCGGCGGCUCGCCGAGCCGCCCGACGCCGGAAGCAAGAGGCGCUGGUGGCUGCGGUGGUGGCCCGCAGCGCUGGCGCCGGCCCUGGCAGCUGGCAGGAUCGUGAGCGUGGGGUGCGACCCGCGCUUCGUCUACUGGCUGCCGGGCGGCGCAUCCCAGGCAGCGUGCGCAGGGGGCUUCGAGGCAGCCCCCGACGAGGCGAUCGCCUGGGCGGCUGCUGGGCCCAGGCUGGGGCAUUGCGCUGGCGACAGCGUGGGCGGCUCCUGCGGUGUCUUCGACGCGGGUGCCGAGGAGCAGCAAGCCCAGCCGACGGCCGAGUGGCUAGCACCUGGCGUGUGGCAUGGCUGUGGCCCCACCGCCGAGAGCGCGGCCCAGGCCUUCGUGCGUGGCCUCGCCGCGAGCUGGCGGCUCGCAGAGCUGGGCGAGGCGCAGGGCGACGAGGAGCUGGCAACGGGUGUCGUGCCAGGGCCCCUGCGGGGGGUGGCUGCCCUUGCGGUGCCGUGUCGUGCCGAGCUCAAGGCUGGUGUACCUCGGCUGUCCGCCGAUCGCGACGGCGGCGUCGGCAUCGUGGAGCACGGCUUCGACUUGGAGUUCCAGCAGGGCGUGCUGCUCCAGCUGCAUAGGUGGGCGGUGCCACUCGGUCGCUCGCUGCAGCCUUUCGUCCGCCGCCGCCUCCGCGUGGACGCGGAGCCCGAGGAUGAGACGGAGGCCCAGGCGGACUUCGAGAAGGAGGAGGCUGCCCAGCUACCAGCCGGGGGGACCCUCCCCCCUGCGGCUGAAGGCUCUGAGGGAGGGGAAGUGCACGUGCAGGCGAGCAGCUCGGUGCCGCAGAGGGAGGACCCCUUGCCCUCUCUCGCCGCCCCGUCGUGGAUCCCGCGGGGACUCCCCGUCGAUCCUGGUGAAGGCCGCUUGUUCGGCUGCAGUGAUUAUGCAAGUGGGAGCCCGCCAAGGACAGGAGUGGCGGACGCUGGAGCGUUGUUCUCUCGGUUCGCGGUGGCGUGGUCCGACGACUCCAGCACAGACCCGCUCGACGAGUUCGACCUGGACGGAUUCGGCUUUUAGCAGUCACUGCAGAUAAUGGUCAAGGCAGUUCCCUCGCUGUCGUGAUGCCGUACCCGCUCGUCGUGCCGUUCGGCCUGGUCUUCCUGGAGUUCGUGUUCGUCGGAGUGGUCAGAGGUGAUAGCGUCGAGGUCG